GCGCCUCGCCUGCAGCCCCUCCCUGCCGCCUCCGCCGCGCUCCCGCCCCUCAGGCCGAGGCUGUCACCGCGCCUGCCGCCGGGCGCCACCAGCAUGUUUGACAGGACGCGGCUGCCCUUCGUGGCGCUGGACGUGCUCUGCGUGCUGCUGGCUGGCUUGCCUUUUGCAAUUCUCAGUUCACGACGUACUCCCUUCCAGAGAGGCGUUUUCUGUAGUGAUGAAUCCAUCCGGUAUCCAUACAAAGAGGACACCAUUUCUUAUAAAUUGUUAGCAGGAAUAAUUAUUCCUUUCAGUAUAAUUGUUAUAAUCCUAGGAGAAACUCUCUCAGUUUUUUAUAAUAAUUUGCACUCAAAUUCGUUUGUCAGAAAUAACUACAUAGCCACUAUUUACAAAGCCAUUGGGACCUUCAUUUUUGGGGCAGCUGCUAGCCAGUCAUUGACAGACAUUGCCAAGUACUCCAUAGGUAGACUGCGUCCUCACUUCAUUGCUGUGUGCCAGCCUGACUGGGCACGGAUAAACUGCAGCCUGGGCUACAUCGAGAACUUCACCUGCCAUGGGGACAAAGCAAAAAUCAAUGAAGGGAGACUAUCAUUUUAUUCUGGCCAUUCUUCAUUCUCUAUGUACUGCAUGCUCUUCGUAGCACUUUAUCUCCAAGCAAGAAUGAAAGGAGACUGGGCAAGACUUUUACGUCCCACUAUACAAUUUGGCCUCAUUGCUGCAUCUAUCUAUGUGGGUCUCUCACGUGUUUCUGACUAUAAGCAUCACUGGAGUGAUGUUUUAACAGGACUUAUCCAGGGCGCAGUGGUAGCUGUGCUCAUUGUUGUGUAUGUGUCAGACUUCUUCAAAGUGAGAGGAUGUACAUUUCAACCAAAAGAAGAUUCCCAUACAACCCUACAUGAGACGCCAACAAAUGGAAAUCACUUUGGCAGCAAUCAUCAACCAUGAAAAAUGGCCCACACCACCUACAUUGCUCUGGAAAAAAAAAACAAUUUCACAAGUCUAAUUAUGUACUAUAAGUAAUUGCCUUUAAGGGACUGCUGCUGCUCUUGGAUGCUCACUUCACCUGUACAUAGUAACAUCUACCACAGUUAUUGUACAUCUAAACUUUACAUUUCUGUUGGUUCAACUCUUGCUUAAAAGAAAGCUAUUAAAAUUGUAAAUUUUUAUUGAAACCUGUAACAAGUUAUAUUACAUACACUGCUGUUUGUACAUGCCUUGUUGAAUUAACUGUGGUUUAAGUAAACACCAUUAAAAGGAAUUACUUGAUAUGGAA